GGAGCGGUUUCUACGUUAAAAGCUAAACAUCUUUUCUUUCUUUUGUAAUACAGCCGCUAAGGGAGAAAGCAAGCGAAGCAAACAAUUGAAACUAAAUUCUGCAUUCAACUCUUGAGGUGAUACUAACUUACUUUGCCAAAUACAAAGCAACAAAAAAAAAAAGUGAAGUUCUUGAGAAAGAGUAAUUUGGAGUUUUUGAGAGUUUGAAUUCGACCGUGUAUAUAGACAAUGGAUGAUUAUCUUGAUCAGUAUUUCUCAUCAUCAUCAUGGUCAGAUGUGAAUGUCAAGGAAAGAUCAUAUUGGGUCCAUAAUGAACCUGAUCAACCAAAUGAAGUGUUUCCUAGUUCGAACUUCAAUAGCAUCGAGUGUUUAGCUGCACAUAAUACGCCACCUUUAGUUCAUAACCGAGGGUCAGGUUGUAGUGUUGAACAUGGUUUGCUGUAUGGAGAAGGUGGUUUACAAAUGAACGGUGAAAAUUGCAGUGGUAACUCUUCACAAGAGAUGAUGAAUGGAAGCUUCGAACUCAGAAACCUGGGACUGCAAUUGAAUACAGAUGUUCAUUCCUCUGGCUCAUCGAGCCUUGUUUCUUUAAAUGAUGUUCCAGUUGUUGGUGACAUGAUCCCAUCUUUAUCGUUUAAUGAGAGAGGGCGUAUGAUAAGCAAUGGAGGUGAAUCUUCUGAGUUUCGGAGAUCAUUUACAGGCUUGGAAACUCUUUCUCCAAUUCCACAAUUAUGGCAUCUACAACCUUAUGACUCUGUUUCUUCCCUUCCCACUUUGGUGGGACAAACCAAAGUAGAUGAUGAAGGCAAUAUUAACAGAUUUAUUGAGAUUGAUGAAAUUCUGCAACCUGAGAACUUAUCUGCUUCCAUCAAUUCAAAGGGACAACAGGACAUGCAAAAUUCCUUUUACUCUUCUUUUCCCGCUGACCACCCUAUAACAAAGACCAUGAUUGGGUUGCCAUCUCUGGUGCAGGGUGCAUCGCCUAACCUGAACAAUGGUUCCGACCGAACUGCGAAGCCUCGAGUAAGGGCACGUCGAGGUCAGGCUACUGAUCCACACAGCAUUGCAGAGAGACUUCGAAGAGAGAAGAUUGCUGAAAGAAUGAAAAACCUGCAAGAACUUGUACCUAAUUCCAAUAAGACAGACAAAGCCUCUAUACUUGAUGAAAUCAUAGGGUAUGUCAAGUUUCUUCAACUCCAAGUCAAGGUACUAAGCAUGAGCAGGCUUGGGGCAGCAGCUGCAGUUGUUCCUCUCAUCACUGAUGGUCGAGCUGAGGUAUCUAAUGGUUUAUCACUUGCACCAUUAGCGGGUCAAGGGGUUGAUUUUUCACCAUCUCCUGAUCAAGUUGUUUUCGAACAAGAAGUGGUGAAGCUCAUGGAAUCCAAUAUGACAAUGGCCAUGCAAUAUCUACAAAGUAAAGGUUUCUGCCUUAUGCCUGUUGCACUUGCUGCUGCCAUAUCCAAUGUUAAGUCAUCCACAUCCUCAUCGUCAUCAUCAGUUCCUGCUUCUGAUGAGAGUAAGAAACUUGGCUUCACCAACAGUACUCUAAUCAACAACACCUGCAGCAGCAGCAGCAGCAGUAGCAGUAACAGCAGCGGUAGCUUACCUGGUGUUGGGAUUCCAAACAUCAACGCUGAUGGCAAUUUUAUGACUGGAAUGCUUGGUUCUGAUAUUAUGGCCAAAGGUUGUACUGGCACCUUCAAACAAGAGGAACUCAACACUCUUUGCACUGCCAAAUGACUGAAUCCCAAUACCAUAAACAGCAAACUUGUCCACUAAUAUGUCAAUUAACCUAGUAGAUAAAACACUAGUUGUUUUAAACUGUCGAAGGCUAUCUUUGUUCCCUUUUCUAUAUUUCUAUAUAUAUGCAUAUAGACGACAACCCAAACAAGAGAAUGAGAAAUAAUUGUU